AUGGCGUAUCACGACGGGCGUGUGAGCGCCGGCGGGGCUGCCAACCAGGCGCCCGUGUCGUCGCAGUGCGGCGGUUACUCGCGCGAACAGAACUACACUUCCGUCUCGUCUUACGACCGGCAAAUGGGCGCAGAGGCGUGCUCCACGGACGACUCGUUCGUGCCCUACCUGGCGACCGUGCUGCAGCACCUCGUCUCCAUCUCGCCGCCAGGCCUCGGCGAAAUUACGAGUUUCCACGCGAUAAAGGAGCCUCAGAUUUCGAUUCAUGACUACCUUGACCGCAUCGCCAAGUACUUUGGCUGCAGCAACGAGUGCUUUGUCUUGUCGCUGGUCUACAUUGACCGCAUCAUCAAGCUGCACCGAGACUUCAAUGUCUCGAUCCUGAAUAUUCACCGUCUGCUAAUCACCUCAGUGAUGCUGGCGGCGAAGUUCUUCGACGACGUAUACUACAGCAACAAACACUACGCGCGCGUCGGCGGCGUGCGCACGCGAGAAAUGAAUCUCCUCGAGACGCAGUUCCUCACGCUGAUCAACUACCAUCUCUACGUCUCGCCGCAAGAGUACGAUCAGUAUCGUCGCAACGUUUUGGCUGCGGUUCAGUACGCGCGCCACCUGUCGCCGAGCCCGCUGAGCUCGAAUCGCCAUUCGCCUUCCUCUCCCGCAGCCGCGCUCCCCUCCAGCAACUCGCCUCACCCGGCGACCAGCGAGGGCAACUGCGCACUCGUCGCUUCGCCCUCCCACGGCUCAGGGCCCGCCGCAUGCCACGCGGCGGUGGCGGGUUUUCCGCGAGAAGGCACGGGUGGCGCCGCAGGGCAGGCUGGCAGCCGCGCAGGGGGUGUCCGCAGCAGAGGAGAGGAGGUCCUCGGCGCAGCUGAGGGCGCGCGAGCCGCCGCGCAGACGCAGCAUGCGGCUGUGCUGCGUGAGAGCCGCGGCGGCCUUCGAACGUCGUCCUCCGGUGCGCUGCUGAGCGACCGCGACAGCUGCUACUCGCAGGACGAGGCGCGGCAGCCACACCACCGAUCGUCGCACUCGUGUACGCCGGCGCUGCAUGGCGAGCGCGGCGGAGAGGAUCGCCGCGCGCCGCCCCGGGGCGGGGCUGAGGCGGCCUGGGUAGCCGCUGCUGCGAGGCACGAGGGCGGCCGCGAGGGCAGCCCCAGCGGCUGCUGCGAAGAGGAAGUCGUGAUGAUGAGUGUGCGCCGGGGUUCGCAGCCGACGGGACUGCGCGGAGGGCGCGGCGGCGUGGAGGCGUACCGCGAAGUGGAGGACGAGCGGCACGGAGAAGACGCCGUGUUCACGGAGGAAGGCGCCAUUUACGCGGAGCGGACGCAGCCCUGGGUGGAGUGCGGAGAGGAGGACGGCGACGAAGACGACGUGGCAGGCGACGCGUACAGCGGCAUGGCUGUCGCCAUGGCUGCCGGGGACGAGGAGUCCUUCCACGUGCACCACCACCACCACGCGGCGCAGCGCCCAAGACACGUCGCAGACGAAGAGGAAUGGGAGGGCGACGGCGGUGCGCCGAGCAUCGCCGAAGAAAAGAAAGACUCUCACGAGAAGGCAGCGUUAUCGCCCGCAGGACGCCACGUCUCGGGAGCCGCGUACGGGCACAUGGUUCACGCUUCGGCUCACCGGUUUGUGGGCGAAAAUGGAGGCAGCGGCGCAGAAGCCGGCAGUGGAGACUCUGUGCACAGACCCGCAAGCAAAUGCGGCGAUUGCUGCUCAUCUUCCUCCACCACCGCAGCGUCUUCAGCUGCUGCUCUCGCUCAUCCUUACCGGGCGACAUCGUCGUCUCCGCCAGGGACGGCACCAGCUGCCGCCUUCGUCAGCGUCUCGAACGCUUCAGCGUCGGCGCUCCCGGCCUCUGCGCCGGCGGGAUUCACUUACGUGCGCGGCACCACGGGAACUGCUGCCGCGCUGGCCUCACCGGGGGUGGAAGGCGGCGUCGCGCAGCAGGCGCGGAAGAGUGUCUCUUCUGUCGCACCGUCUCGAGCUCCGCAUUAUGUCGCAUCCGGCUGUGGAGCUGAUGGGGCGUCGACGGCCUCGUCAGGGGGCAGCAGCUGCGCCACGACUCAGUCUUGCGUGUCUUCCUGCGUCACGCCGCACUCGAUGAACUCGUCUCCCGACGUGUGCAUGGAUGAGCUCGCGGGGGACGGCGCCGGCGGCUCGGGGGGAGGCCGCGGAGUCUGCGGCUUUGUGGGCUCGGGGGCCCGAAACGGUGCCUGUCCCCUCGCGUCUCGCCGCCGUGGGACAAAUGCCCCCCGGGGCUCCGGGACGCCGAGGAGCGCACUCACCGACGGUGAGGCGUGCAGUCGCAGCGAGAACACGCGGCGCCGUUCGCACCACGAGACGACGAACGCCGAUGACGACGAGUCCGAGAGUAUGCGGAAACACCACGAAUCCUCGCAGCAUUGGCCCCGCGCGUCUAUUUUAGGUGGAUCGAACGGCUUCGCCGCGCCUUCCAGCCUUCACCCGGCCUCGACCGCAGUGGCGGCGCGCCAGCAAGGCGGCGGCGGCGCGCCCUUCGCGGUCGUCGGGGCGUCGGCUGCGCCGCUGGGCAGCUUCGCGUCCGGGGCCAGCCGAGGCGUCUGCUCGCGCGGGUCGUAA